AUGUUCUCUCGAUUGGCCACCCAACUCUCCAAGCCCGCGGUCAAGAGUGCCGCCGGGUUGAGCACAGGUUUCCGUGCUCAGACCCGAUUCCUCUCCAAGCAGGCCACUGGCAGCAAGGGACGCAAGAUGCCCUUCAACCAGACCCGCGCCACUGCCCCCGUCGCAAACCUCGACGCUACCUUCACCAUCCGGGAUGGUCCAGUCUUCUCGGGCCGAGCCUUCGGAGCAAACUCCAACAUCUCCGGCGAGGCUGUCUUCACCACCUCUCUCGUGGGAUACCCCGAGUCCAUGACCGACCCCUCCUACCGCGGCCAGAUUCUGGUCUUCACCCAGCCCCUCAUCGGCAACUACGGCGUCCCCUCCAACCAGCUUGACGAGUACAAGCUCCUCAAGUACUUUGAGUCUCCCCACAUCCAGUGCGCCGGUGUCGUCGUCGCCGACGUCGCUGAGCAGUACAGCCACUGGACUGCCGUCGAGAGCUUGGGUAACUGGUGCGCUCGUGAGGGCGUCCCCGCCAUCUCUGGUGUCGACACCCGUGCCAUCGUCACCUUCCUCCGUGAGCAGGGUUCUUCCCUCGCCAGGAUCACCAUUGGUGACGAGUACGAUGCCGACGAGGACGAGAGCUUCAUCGACCCUGGCCAGAUCAACCUGGUCAAGCGCGUCAGCACCAAGGCUCCCUUCGUUGUCGAGUCCCCUGGUGCCAAGUACCACGUCGCCCUGAUCGACUGCGGUGUCAAGGAGAACAUCCUCCGCAGCCUCGUCAGCCGUGGUGCCUCCGUCACCGUCUUCCCCUACAACUACCCCAUCCAGAAGGUCGCCUCCAACUUUGACGGUGUCUUCAUCUCCAACGGACCUGGUGACCCAACUCAUUGCCAGGACACCAUCUACAACCUGGGCCGCCUGAUGGAGACCUCCCCCGUCCCCAUCAUGGGUAUCUGCCUCGGCCACCAGCUUCUUGCUCUUGCCGUCGGUGCCCGCACCAUCAAGCUCAAGUACGGAAACCGUGCCCACAACAUCCCCGCUCUCGACUUGACCACUGGUCAGUGCCACAUCACCAGCCAGAACCACGGUUACGCUGUGGACGCCUCCACCCUGCCCAGCGAGUUCAAGGAGUACUUUGUCAACCUGAACGACGGCAGCAACGAGGGCAUGAUGCACAAGACCCGCCCCAUCUUCUCCACCCAGUUCCACCCCGAGGCCAAGGGUGGCCCGAUGGACAGCUCCUACCUCUUUGACAAGUACCUCGAGAACGUCCAGCUCUUCAAGGAGAGCGAGAAGAUCUACAAGGACAACCGCCCCACACCCCUCAUGCUGGACAUUCUCAGCAGGGAGCGUGUCGGUGUCGAGCCCACCACCCUGGCUGCGGCUGCCUAA